AUGAAAUCAAACAAAGUCUCAAGUCAAUCAAAGAGCAUCAAGAUAGUAGUUCGGGGCUUUCCACCAUCAAUUGACGAAGACUCUACACGUCAGCAAUUGGGCACGCUUCCGGCAGAGCCGGUCUACUGGAGAUUCAGCCCCGGUAACCCACACCUUGACUGCGCCGUUAGGCCAUUCCUCAUUAUUGCCUUUGCCAAUGACGAGGACGCGGUGAACUUUGCAGAUCGAUUUCAUGGUUUUGUUUUUGUUGAUUCAAAGGGGGCCGCAUCGAGUGUUUUUGUCGAAUUAGCUCUCAAUGUUUCAAUUCCAAAAACUACCAGAGAAACGGUCAACAAAGAUCCGGAAAUUGGAAAAGUUAACGAGACAAAUGAGUUUAAACAGUAUGUCGAAAACAUCAAAGACACUUCAACGCGUCUGUCUAUUGACCAACAACUCAAAAUUAUCGAUGAGAAACGCUCGAAGCUUGUCGUCGGUGAAAUCACUCCUUUGGCUAAAUUUGUUCUACAACAACACAUUCAAAAACGUGACCGAAUCGAAGAACGUCGAAAAGUCAAGGAGGAAGAACAUAAGACCAGAAAGGAGAAACGAGCUGCUCGUUUGGAGAAAGAGGAGAAAGAGUUGGAUGGUCGAGCGAAAGGACAAAAGUUGUUGGGAUUCAUGAAACGUGAGCCGAAAGAGGAGAACGAAACAAAGUUAGAAAACAUUUCCAAGAGGGAAGUGAGAUCAAAGUGGGGUGCUUCAAAUGCUUCUUCAAGUAAUGCUGCAGGAAAAGUUGUGAAAAACUCGGAUCAUCGAGCUAGCACCAAGAAAAAUCCAAACGAAACAAUCGCGAAAGUGAAUGUGGUUACAAAGAAGCGGAUGCAAGCGGGAAAGAUACGGGCCAUUCAGACGGUGGUGUUCAAAACAAGGCGCACUUCACCGAAAAGGUCGCUGAUAAAGGAGCUCGCCGUGAACGGAAACCACGAGUUGAGCGAGAGAUCUAUCGACCUGGAAGGAAAUGUCCCAUCAAAGAAGGGUUCUCGAGAUAUGCUUUAUUACGCCAUGUCACUUGGAGUUGUUGCGAUCGGUGCAACUUUUGCCGCAAUACCACUAUACAGAAUUUUCUGCGAACAGACAAGUUUUGGAGGCCUAACGCAGAUAGCCAAAGACUUUGCCAAAAUUGCCACGAUGCAGAAAGUGGAGGAUCGUUUGAUACGGGUUCAAUUCAAUUCUGAUGUGCCGAGUAAUAUGCGAUGGGAAUUUAAACCGGUGCAAGAUGAGAUUUAUGUACACCCAGGUGAAACGGCAUUAGCCUUUUUUCUCAGCUCUUAUAACCUCGUACCAUUUCAGGCGGCUUAUUAUUUCAACAAGAUCCAAUGUUUUUGUUUCGAAGAGCAAAUUUUGAAUCCAGGAGAACAGGUGGAUUUGCCCGUAUUUUUCUACAUCGACCCCGAUUAUGCAAACGAUCCGAAUUUGGAAUUUCUAGAUAGUAUACUUCUAUCUUACACAUUUUUUGAGGCAAAGUCUGGCCUUAAACUACCAUCUCCAUUUGAACCAAAGCCUGAAGCUACAAAUGUGAAA